AUGCUGAAAUCUGUUCUUGUGGCCUUUGGCGCCAUCCGUGCUGUUCAUGGUUGGGGUGUUUUAGGCCAUGCCACUGUUGCCUACAUUGCCCAACACUUUCUCGACGAUGAUGUUGCCUCUUGGGCGCAGGGUGUUCUAGGUGACACUUCAGACUCAUACCUUGCCAACGUUGCUUCGUGGGCCGACACCUAUCGCGCAACUGCAGCUGGAAAAUGGUCAGCCCCUCUGCACUUCAUUGAUGCAGAGGAUAGCCCGCCAACAAACUGCAAUGUGGAUUAUGACCGUGAUUGCGGCAGUUCUGGAUGCUCCAUCUCCGCCGUCGCCAACUACACUCGACGUGUUGGAGAUAGUCGUCUGACUAAAGCCAACAAAGCUGAGGCUCUCAAGUUCCUGGUCCACUUUCUGGGCGACAUCACUCAGCCACUUCAUGAUGAGGCCUACGAGGUCGGCGGAAACAGUAUCAAGGUUACCUUCAACGGGUUUACUGGCGAUAAUCUCCAUUCGGACUGGGACACUUAUAUGCCUGAGAAAUUGAUUGGUGGCCACGCCUUGACUGACGCGCAAUCUUGGGCAAACACACUCAUCACUGAUAUUGUUUCGGGCUCAUACAAGUCCAAAGCCGCUUCUUGGAUCGCAGAUAGCGACGUGACCGAUCCUGUUACAUCGGCCACGGCCUGGGCCUCGGACGCCAAUGCUUAUGUCUGUACUGUUGUCAUGCCUAAUGGUGCUGCAGCGUUGCAGAAGGGUGAUCUCUACCCGACCUACUACAACUCUGCGAUCCCAACCAUCGAACUGCAAAUUGCCAAGGGUGGUUACCGCCUGGCUCAUUGGCUGAACAGCAUCUACUCUGCCAAGAUUGCAACUCGUUCUGUGCACAAACUGAAUGCACGGAAACCACUACCAGACUUGAUGGGACGAGACCUGCUUCCAAGUGCACGACCUUUGAGCCGCGCUAAACUCGCGAGAGAGGCAAUGAGCGGGGACUGCUGUGCUUCAGGACAUUCUCAUUAG